UGCUGCUUAGACAGCUAACAUUUCUUUUUAAAUUUUCCAGUAUCUUUCAAAGUCGUUUCUUCAUAAACGGCUUUUUUACUUUACGUAAAAUUAUCAGUUUAAGAAAACUAUUCAUCCUGGCUGGAGAAAAAUACGAAUUUAGCACAAUGCGCGAGUGUAUAUCAAUGCAUGUCGGCCAAGCCGGGGUGCAAAUGGGAAAUAGUUGUUGGGAAUUAUAUUGUCUCGAGCACGGAAUUCAACCGGAUGGAACGAUGCCUUCUGACAAGAUAUCCGGUAUACCUAACGAUUGUUUCAACACAUUUUUCAACGAAACCAGUUCGGGAAAGAUGGUACCGAGGGCCGUCAUGGUUGACCUUGAACCAACCGUUGUAGAUGAAGUGCGUGUUGGACGAUACAGGCAACUGUACCACCCUGAACAACUGAUCACUGGAAAAGAAGAUGCUGCAAACAAUUAUGCACGAGGGCAUUAUUCCAUCGGUAGGGAAGUCAUCGAAUCCGUAAUGGAUCGUGUCCGAAGACUUACCGAUCAAUGUACGGGUCUGCAAGGAUUUUUUGUAUUCCAUUCUUUCGGUGGAGGCACAGGAUCCGGAUUUACUUCACUGCUCAUGCAAAAGUUAUCCGACGAUUACGGGAAGAAAAGUAAACUUGAAUUCGCCGUAUACCCAGCGCCCCAAGUAUCAACAGCUGUGGUAGAGCCCUACAACGCGAUCUUAACGACACACACGACGAUUGGUCAUUCCGAUUGUGCAUUUAUGGUGGAUAACGAGGCUAUAUACGACAUCUGUCGACGUAAAUUAGGAAUCGAAAGACCUUCAUAUGCCAACCUGAACAGAUUGAUUAGCCAGGUGGUUUCAUCCAUUACCGCGUCCCUGAGGUUCGAUGGAGCUUUGAAUGUCGACUUGACGGAGUUCCAGACGAAUUUGGUGCCCUAUCCAAGAAUACAUUUUCCUCUCGCCACAUAUGCUCCCGUUGUUUCGGCGGACAAGGCCUUCCACGAGGGCAUGUCCGUUGCGGAAAUCACAGCCGAAUGCUUCGAAGCUGCAAAUCAAAUGGUGAAGUGUGAUCCACGGGAAGGAAAAUACAUGGCCUGUUGCCUGCUUUAUCGGGGUGACGUCGUUCCUAAGGACGUUAACGCGGCCAUAGCUACGAUGAAGGGCAAAAGUUGCAUACGAUUCGUUGACUGGUGUCCAACCGGAUUCAAAGUGGGCAUAAACUAUCAGCCACCAACUGUUGUACCUGGGGGGGAUCUAGCGAAGGUACAACGAGCCGUGUCAAUGUUGUCGAACACAACCGCCAUCGAGGAGGCCUGGGCUAAACUAAAUCACAAGUUUGAUCUAAUGUACAAUAAAAGAGCAUUUGUACAUUGGUACAUCGGUGAGGGUAUGGAGGAAGGAGAAUUUGCGGAAGCUCGUGAAGACUUAGCUGCUUUGGAACGAGACUACGAAGAAGUUGCGUUGGAAUCACCUUCCACUCCCGAUGCAUCCAUAGAAUACUGAUGAUUAGUCAAAUAUACUCCGCCUUACUUACAAUGGUCACCAUCAAAGAUUAUAUAAAAAUGCUACAUUUCGGAUCUUUUAA